CAGGGAACAUACAACCUGAUGUAUCACGUGACUAAUGGGCCUCGGCCAAGUCUUCUGCACAUUGUCUUGGCUCCUCGGCGAGACCUGGCAAACGCGCGACCUAUCGAGUUCUCCGCGACCAUGGCUGGGUUUUCGGUCCUCUGCAAUGGCAUUCUCUGGAUAGCUUGCGUCUCGAACGUGAUCACAGCCCGGCAGAGUGGAACAGGGCGUCAACGGCAGGUGGGCAACUGGUAAUUCGCUGCAAGUCACCCAGUCACCUGAACACGUUUCUCGGCCUUCGCAGACCGGUGGAGAACAUGGUUCUUGACUUUCUGGGUCCAGCCGGCUCUCUGGGAAGGGGGCCCGAAUGGGGGGAUGGAGACGAUAUACGACGCUUAAAAAGAGCUCGGCCCGAAUGGGGAAACGGUACGAGGGACGAAAAUAAAAUGGACAACGGAAGGACGGAGCGGAGAGGAAGAAAGCCACCGAUAAGCAUCUAAAAGAGAAGAUCAUCAAGGGCAAAAGGGACUGAAAAGAAUGAAGCUCAGACGCUGAGACAAUUAUCUCAUCCGAACGCCCAUCUCCUGGCGCGGAGUUUGGUUCCUUAUGACCUCAGCGGCCGUCAUGGCCUCACUCUGGACGAUGUUCGCCCAGCAUUCUUGGAUCAAUUGGCUGGCAUACGGGCCCCUGACUAGAACCAUCCAGUCAGCAGCAUGGGCUGCAGGUUUCUUGCGAACCUACUCCAGUUCAUCGACUAUUCUUUCUGUCUGUGCAGAGCUAGCCUCUCCCGCCUAAUGCAUGCUCGUAUUGCCUUUCAUAUUGCGCUGCGUCCGUGACUACACACUAUAUUAUUAUAUGAUUAUUAUAACACGCUGGAGGUGAAAAUCUGGGAGUGGCCCUCUGUUUUAUUGAUCUUUUGAGUUUUGGGGGAUAUCUGUUUCUAUUUUUUCCCCCGUCACGUAUAAAUUUUACUUUCCCCCCUCUCCUGUUGGGAUAACUUAUUAUUGGAGUUGGUUCCGAGGACAUAUGUAAGGCCUGCAUACAUAUCUGUGUCGGUUCUGACUGUUUGGAUUUAACUGUUCUUCGUCUUCUAUCUCGGUCGUCACUUCUCUGGUAUCGUUUCAUCCACGACACUGCCAACUCGACAGGAGUUGUACAUCUGCUUUUCUGGGCGUCUGCUCUUUGCACGCCCUUCUCAUAUUUCCUAGAUUCACUUUGCUGCACCGUUCCCAUGUCUCAGCAUGGAAGACUCGACGCAAUAUCGCCAUAUCGUGCCAGGGCCCUCUCCGACAUCUGAGGGUAGUCCACCUCGAGACACCGCGGUGGCCUCAUCCAGCCAGUGGAAGAAAAGGGUUUCAACGGCUUGUUUGGCCUGUAAGAAGUCGAAACGGAAGUGCUCCGGUGUACCACCAUGUGAUAACUGUCGUGCUUUCAAUCGUGUCUGUAUCUUCGACGAAUCCCUUGAUCAACGGCGUCGCGUUGCCGCGAAACGAACCGUCGACGAGCUUAACUACCAUCGGAAUCUGCUCAAUGAUUUAUUCAAAGUAAUCCGCUCUGCGGAUGAGUCGCAAGCACUUCGACUCCUUGAUCUCAUCCGUAGCGAGGCUUCCUCCGAGCAGAUCAGAUCGUAUAUCGACGACACGUUAACGGCCAUGGAGGGUACCGACAAAGGCACGCGCGACGCCGUCGACAAACUCCAGGAUAUCCGACAGCGGAUUAGUAUCGAAGGCGUGAACCCUUCGUUCCGGAGGAAAGUUAUGGAUGUUCAUUACCUAUGCGAUGACGCCCCCUUCAAGGUCCCGGCGAGACCCUGGACCAGUGUCACCGAGGACGAUGAUCUCGUGUCGCAUUUAGUGUCUCUAUAUUUCACCUGGGACUACCCUUUCUAUUCAUUUUUAGACUGUGAUGUUUUCAUCAAGCAUAUGGCAGCAGGAAAAUUGGGCUCGGAGUUUUGCAAUCCAUUUCUUGUGAAUGCUAUUCUUGCAAAUGCAUGUCAUUUUUCGGAAUUCUCAGAAGCAUACGUCGUUCCCGGAGAUAUUAUGACCAAAGGCGUCGACUUCCUCGCCGAGGCCGAGAGGCUACGAGAUGCCGAAGAAGGUGGAGCUGUCAGCUUGGCCACUUUGCAAGGGACACUUCUUUUAUAUGAGAGGUACUCCAUGUCUGAGAAUGACGACCUUGGCUAUACCAUGCUCCAUCGUGCAAUUAAGAUAGGCGAGUCGCUGGGGCUUGUCGGCGAUCAGUCGUCUCCGCUCAAUCCUAAGGAUAUGCCUAAGGACAGGGCCGUUUCUCUGCAACGGACAGCUUGGGGGUUAUUCCAGAUCGAUACGUUGGUCCAUACAGGUUUCCGGCGGCCAAGUCUUGUCAGUCGUGUCAAUGUUAGUCGACUAGAUAGGGACACGUUUACGCAAGACGAGCUCUGGGUACCAUAUCCUAGUCACCGUGCAGCCAGACCGGCGUAUAUCAGUCAGUAUUUCGACGAGUCGUGCACGCUCUGUGACCUGGCAAGGGAGGUGUCUCGAACCUUUUUCGCAGGCAAUCCAGCCAUGAUGGGCCCCGGAUUCCGUCGGCGUGAGACGAGAGAGGAUCUGUACGAACAACUGAAGGAUUGGCAUGAUCGAUUACCAGACAUCUUCGAUCCCAGUCGAAAACCACCGCCGCAUAUUAUUCUUCUUAGAAUGCACUACCAUACUAUAGUGAUCAACCUUUGGAGCUCAUCUACCGUCGAAGAUGACGAAACCCCAACGGCCGGCCCCUCCGCAGGACCCCAAACACCCGAAAGCGAAUCCUCCACAGGGAAAUACAAUCCGUCCGAAGUCACUCUAGCCUCAGCCCGGGCAAUAUCACGGCUAACUCGCCUCCACCGACGCGAGUUUGGGAUGAGCCGAGCACACCACUUCGCGCUAUACGCCAUCAACCUCGCCCUAUUUGCGAUGCUUGAAGACUCCUCCUUCGACGUCCUCGACCAUGACUUCCUCUCCCUCUCCAGCGCAUUCAGCAUUGUCGGCUCCCGCUCCCCACUCGGAAGAAAUCUGUUUCAUAUUUUCCGACAGUCCGUCCGCGCCAAACACCAGGGCCACCGCGUGCGCUCGUCGAGCACCGUCCCCGAGGACCUGCGCGAACUGUUCGACGAGGAGGCCUCCACGCGGACCCGAUGGGACGAGUAUGCGGAGGGACUGCAGAAGCUCGACUCUGAUGAACGGUAUCGUGGGAGGAUGACGGAUGGUGAGCAGGGUCGUACGCGAAGUCCGCGGAAUUUUCCAGGGCUGAGUCUGUUUGAUAUGUUGGAUCGAUAUGAGAGUUUGAGUUUGGGGAAAGAUGAGAUGUUGCUUGAGCGGGCUAAGAUGGAUACUGGGUAAAAACUACAAUAGGAGUACGGGCAGGUAUUUGGGAAUUAUUAUUGUAUAUAUUAUAGACAGAGUAUAUUUAUUAAGUAUGAAUAUCAUUCAACCUG